ACUUCAGCCCUUUUCAUGAGACCUCCCUCCCCCUUUUCACGGCUGGUAUUUGAGAACAUCAGUAGCCCAGUUCUGAUCGGUUCCAUGUCUUUUUCUUUGCUUGCACGUGUUAAAUUGAAAAGCUUUUUUUCCUCCUUUUAGUGUUUAGCCACCUCAUUUUUACAUCUCCUGAGCAGCUGAGAGUCGCCUUGCUGUCCCAGGUGCUUUUUGGCCCUGUUUGUCAGCUGUUCAUCGUUGUGCUGGGGACGGGACCAACUGGAGCACAUUUCUAAAUCUGUUCCCGGUAUAACGGGUGUUAAAAAAAAAAAAAAAAAUUGUGCUCGAAGGGAAAACGUGCAUCGAUUCCAUGUUCGUAGAGGAGCAGAGCACCGUUUAACCUGCAGUCAGAAAGCAGCUCGGCGGCGGGCUUGUCUGACUUCGUGCUACGCAACGCCUCGGGGGGAGCGGCUGGGCGCCGGGCUGCACUGGGUGUGGGUGCGGAGCCGGGUCCUCCCGCCCGCCUUUCUUUCCCAGCAGGGAGGCGGGCAGCGCUGCGGUGCCCGUACCGCGUUACGCCGGGCUGCAGCGGGCCGUGCCGGCUUGGCGCCGCGCCUCCCGCCCGCCGUGCGCGGUCCUGUCUCUAUAACCGCUUCAUUUCUUCGGUUCGCUCGCCGUCCCGCACUGAGCGCGCUGCAGCCCCGCGCUCCGCCUCUUCUUCCGCGUCCCCGCCCUCCGCACGGCGCCCCGCCCUGUGACGUCACUUCCGGCAGACGCCGUGCGGGCCAUGGAGGCGGAAGUGACGGCGGCGGCGGCGCGGUGAAGGAGGAGAAGGGUGUCUGAAUACCUAUGAAUGAGCUGCAAUGGAUAACAAAGACUCAGAAGCUGAGAUCCACCCUCUGAAGACAGAGGAUGUGAAAGCUCAAGAGAACCAUGAGAACUCUGUGGAGAGGAGAAUUAUCAUCAAGCAGUCGUCUCAGCUGUCUCGGCUGUCCCGCUGGCGCACCGCCGCCUUCUUCGUCUCGUUAUUUUUGUGUCUGAUCAUUGUGUUUGCCUUCUCCUUUAUCAUUCCUUGCCCAGAGAGGCCUGUUUCAGAGAGAACUUGGCUCCGAAGCUAUGACAGUGCAGUGGCUUACCCGUUUCUUGCUAUACAAGAUGUGAACGAAGACAAAGUGCAAGAUGUCAUCUUUGCUUUUAAAGCCAGCAAUGGCAGCAGCAGCUUCAACAGCUCCUGUUUGGAUGAAGGUCUGCCUUCUCCAUGUGCUUUCAUCACUGCUUUGUCCGGCACGAAUGGCAGAGUGCUCUGGGAGAGGCCUGCUGCCACAGAGGUGGAAUGGAUGCAGUGUGGCAUCAAGCAGCUCGGAGGGGCCCCAGGCUGCCUGCUGGUGGGGCAGCCGGUGUCACUGACUGCAGUUGACCAGCAGACAGGGGAAGUUCAGUGGAAACAGUCCGAUGACUUUGGAGAUAAUUAUACUGUGCUGACUCCCUUGUCAGUGAUUCCAGAUGUGGAUGGUGAUGGAGUUCAGGACCUGAUAAUCUUUAUUGCUACAGGAGAUAAGAUUAAGACCUUCAUCCAUUCAGGAAAAAAUGGCAAACAGAUCGGCUCCACUGGAAGCCUGAAUGUGGAUGGGGAAGCUCGUUAUGUCAUGCUGAGCCCAGGCUCCUCCCACUACUUCCUUUUCUAUACAGCCAACUCUCUCUAUGCGUAUUCCCUAAAAGAUCUCUACAGUGCAGCAACUGGGAUGGAAAUUAAACUUCCUGGCCUUGAGCAAGAUCCUCAGUGGAAGAAGAACAUUGACCACACCACACACCGCCUGACCCCUCUCAGCACUGGAGACAUUCGUUACCUGGCAAAAAUUCCUGGCAGAUCACGGGAGAACAUCCUGGUUGUGAACUCAGAGAUGGCCAUGCUGAUCAAUGCACAAAAUCUUCAGCCACUGUGGACCCUCAACGUGUCCCGUGUCAUGAGUGAGCCACUGCUUGGUUACUACAAACCUGAUGUUCUUGAUGUUGUCCUUGAGAGUGAGAUCGGACCCAACAGGAAAAAGGUUAUGAUUGUUGAGGGUGGAUCUGGAGCAGUCCAAUGGGACCUGAAGCUGAACUCUAGAGCAAAGAGCCCCAGGCCAGCCACACUUUCUACUGCUGAUCAUCGGUCCACCUUCCUCAUCUGGGGUGAAUACCAAGUAGCAGGAAAUGAAACGAUGUCAGCAGCUCCUCUACAGAAGCUGUAUCUUUUCCAUCCUUCCUACACUAAUGUCCUGUUGGAGCUCCGCAACAGCACAGAUCAGAUAAUUGCCUUCAAUGCCGCGCUGUUUGAGCGCAGCCGUCACGCCUGCUAUGUGCUGUUGAGGGGGCCUCAACCCGGCGAGGAGCCUGGGCUGGUGUCUCUGAUGAAGCGUAAGCUGAAGGAGGAUGUCUCUGAGAGCAGAGUGAUCUGGCUGAGCCAGGUGGCUGUGGACAGUGAGCAGUACAUCCGUGACCGCCUUUACAGGAUGCGGUUCCACAGCAGAGUGUGAGCUUGCUAGGAGACCAGGAGAGUCUGCAGGCUGCCUCUCUUCUGCAGCAGUGCUCUUAACAAACCCAGAUCGUGGAUUCAAAUGGGAAGCUGCCUUUCUCGAUCCGCAAACCAAAGCAUGGCUGGCAUGGAAGCACCCCCACUGCCUGGGUAUGCCCAGGAUGAGGGAGCAGCUGCCAAUGCAUCUGUUGUCAGAGCUGAUGGGACUUCAGUGCUUGGCCACCACUGAAGUGUCGUGAGCUCAGGGAUGAGGGCUUUCCCCUUCAUCAUCUUUCUGUGCCCACGGAACUGUGCUGGCUCAGUCUGUAGAUGGAGGAAAACGUGCUCUCUGGGGAUGCCUGCACUGAUUGUUUUUUGGGUGCUUGCAUGAGAAGUGGAGCUUCUGUGUGUGGUGUUUGGUUUCCUUUCUGAGUCAGCUCUCCUGGCUGCCGGAGAAGUGCUUGGCUGCAGGCUGAUUUACAGUUACACUCUCCUGAAUUUGGGCCCCUGCUUCAGUAGUGGGUAUGUGUACUGCUAGACUCCAGCCUUGUGACUGGGCUAGGUCUUACCUGGGCCAGCAGAAGAACACAGAUUGAAGUGUCAUUCUACUUAGAAAAUGACCUUUUCUCCUCAGAACAGUCCCGUGUGCCUCCCCCUGCAGUCAAAAGCCUAUCUGUGUUUUCUAUGAAGCUUACUUUCCAGCCAGGCUGUGCAGCAUUGGUGACACCAAAAGGGAGCUGGUCUCCUACCUGACUUAUGCACCAACAUUCCCCUCACCUCAUUGUGUUUAUAGGGGAUAGGAAAAGCAGCCUAGGCUGACUGGUCCCCUCAGGUACGGAUACCACCUCUCCUCUUGGUUUCAAGGUGCAAGGGAAUCUAGGCCAUUUUUUAACAGUGGAAUUGCACUUUAACCUUUCCUGGGAGCUUGGCUUGCUGUUCCUGGGAGUCCUGUUCCCAAGUAGCAAUGCCAGCUGUCCUGCAAAUGUUCCUGCAACCUUACAGCUGCUGUGGUGCCCAUCUGAGUAUGGUCCCCAGUGCCAGGAGGUGGGCAUGUUGCAAGACAGACAUGAGCCACUUGGUGAAACUACAGGAACUAUUUUUGCAGCACAGCUCCAUGGAGAGCUCUGUGCUGCCUCCUUGCCCUGGGUUGAAGUGAUGCUGGGUGAGGAACCCCAGGUUGCUGGCUCUCAGGGGCCAGCGUGGUGUCCCCAGAGAGAGAGUGAGUUGCUGUGUGGAGGUGAUGUCUCACUUGGAGGCUUCUUCAUCAUGAGAUGUAUGCCCUGGUGGGCACCAGUGCAGGCUGCAGAAGCAAUGUGCAAAGCUUGGAAAAGAUUUUGAGUAGGCUGCCUGGUCCUGAAAUCUGCUGUCCCUACACCAGCUGCACUGAGACACAACCACUGUUCAAACACUGGUGUCCAUUUGAUUGCUGAGAAGAAGGUGGGCAGAAAACGCACAGCUUAGCGUGAUGGAGUUUACACCCUUAGAAACAUCUCUGUUUAGUGCUUGGAGUGGGCACCUGUUGCUGCUGUCAGGUGGCCCUGGGGCUGCCUGAAGGAUGCACUUGCACUGUGGCCCAGGGCUGAGUGCUGCAGGUGGUGUCCCACUGCAAUUCUGUGGGUGGGAGCAACUACCUGGGCUGUAUUCUCAUCGUAACGACACUGUCCUUCAUCCUCAGCUCUCAGACCUGACUUUUCCAGUCGGUAACACUGAAUGUCCCUUAGGAAUGUUGGGUUUUCAGUUCUGGGGGGCUUUUCUGGCUUUAAGUUGUCCAUUUGUGUUUCCAAAUACUUUGGAGACCCAGAGUUCCCUGUGGCAGCUCAACUCAAUGAACCAGUGCCAAACCAGCACCUUCUUAACGAGUCCCUUUUUCCAGCUUCUUUCCCUGUGUAAUUGUUUUCUGCAGUAUUUAAUGAAUGACUUUGUGCCUUGAUUCAAUAACUCAGAUGGGUGAUGAUGGCAUUAUAUCACUGUGUAAUGCAUUAGUGUGUUUUUUAACACUAAGACUAUUGGGUUCUUUAACUUAUUGCAAAUUGUGCUGUAUAGGACUUGGUCUAACUGUAAUGGUUUCAAUAAAUCCUCUUUUGCAUUGUUUGUAAAUGGU